AUGAAGCUUUCGCUGUCGCUAUUAGCUGUCGUCGCCCCUAUCGCUCUUGCCCAGGAUCUCGCCAGCAGCAACGCUACCGAUGUACGGAUAGCUGCAGAAUUCGAUCCGGAGGACAUCGCGGACGCCGCUGAGUGGACCGCAGCCUACGAGAAGGGUACUAGACUGGUCUGUCGACUUGAAGCUAACGACGAGGCCGCGGGAAGACUGUGGCAGGACACUCGAGAUCCACCAUCUGCGCGCAGCCAGUGGGCUGAUGUCACACUCCAGGAAGAGCUGGGUCUUUGGGGUUGGCGCACUGGCAAAUAUGAACAGGUACUUCAUUGCGACUUUUCCGACGACAAGGAGCCUCAGCAUGUGAACCAUUUCGGAACGAUGUUCGCGAGUCUCGGCGUUAACGACCAGCCACGCGAAAAGGGCGGUGAUAACCAGUGUUACAACAUCGAACACUACGACGCAGACGUAGAAGAUGACUUGAUGGCCGAAGACGAUGAAAUGCAGCAGUACUACUUCGUUGAUGACGAGGAAUAUCGUUGCACUGGUGCGCAUGUUCGAUUCGGUAUCAACCAACGAGGCGGAAUGAUUAUUGGCCAGAGCCUCUCAAGUCCUAGAUUCGAGGCGGCGGCAAACUGGGGAUUCGAACCGAGAGAGACCGAGCUGCCGCAGCUGCAGCGCGUUUCCGACAUCAUGAUGGCAUACUGGAUGCGCGACAAUCCCGACCCAAAGAAUCUCAAGUACUACCUUGUGUGCAAUAUCUUGAAUGAGCAGACUGUCAGACUCAUCAACGCUGUCCUGAAGAACAAGGGUCUCGAUAAGAUACCAUUCUGGCCUGGCGUUGUAGCCGGCAUGUGGGAGGAGGAAGGCCCAGCACUACUUGGAUCUCCACUGGGUGGCUCGCUCGCCUUUUUGCUCGCCCAACACAAGGCAGAGCUAGGUAUCAAGCAUGUCACCGAGAUCGUGAUCUUCCGAGAUAACUGGGAAGGUUCGACUCCGUAUGUGCAGUUGCUGUUCAGGAUCAAGGACGUCCCGGACCCAGCUCCAGAUCCAGCCCCAGACGCAGAGUCAGGCCAAGCUCUUAGACUACGAAGUUCCCUCUUGGGCGAUGGCUUGAAGAACAAGAUAUACACGCACAAGAUCUUCCAGGAUACUAGAGCUCUUGUUGUUGGCGCAUAG